UAUCAUCACUUGAUCUAAUUUCGUUGGUCAAUAUACACCAUGUACAAGUCAAUUGUUUUAUUCUGCGUGCUUGCUGUGGCAGCUGCUAAGCCCACUUUAGUAGCCCCAGUGGCCUACAGUAAUGUGGCCCCAGUUGCGUACAGCGCCGUCGCCCCAGAAGUCUACAAUAUAGCGCCAGUAUACAGUGCCGUUGCCCCUGUAGCGUACAGUUCUGUGGUGUCGCCAGCUGUUAGUUCCGUGUCGCAACACAGCACCAGCGUAGUUCAUGGAUCUCCCGCCGUGUCAGCGGUCUACGCAAAUUACGCACCAGUUGUUACCGCCUACUCAACAUUAGCCCAGGCUCCUGGCUCCCCUGCUGUCGUUUUGGAUCCCGUACACGGUGUACCCUUGGACACACCUGAAGUAGUUGCCCAUUACCAAGCUAAAUGCAAGUAUAUAAGACGUUUGCUGCGUUCCGACAGCAUCAGUGUGAGCACAGGAAUCAACACAGACCAACCUAUCAAAAUGAUGAAGCUGGUGGUGUUGUCUUGCGUAUUGGCGGCGGCCUCCGCCACGGGUUUGUUUGGGGGUUACAUAUCACCAUACGCACCCUUGGCCUACGCCGCACCUUACUACCAGCCUUACAACUACCGGGGGCCACUAUCCCUCGCCCCCGGCCAGCCCGCCAACAUCUUGGGCGCUGAUGGCAGGCCUUUGGACACUCUUGAAGUUAACUUGGAUCGGUCAGCUCACCUUACUGCCAAGGCUCUCGACAGUGGUAUCCAUCUGCUGAAGAAACGAUCGGUCUUCGCUGCCCCUCUUAUCGCACCCUUUGCUCGUCUCGCCUACGCCGCUCCACUUAUAGCUCCCUCCAACUACCGUGGCCCACUUUCCCUCGCCCCCGGCCAGCCCGCCAACAUUUUGGGCGCUGACGGCAGGCCUUUGGACACCUUGGAUGUUAACUUGGACCGUGCUGCCCACUACACCGCCAAAGCUUUGAACGGCGCCCACAUCUUGAAGAAGCGUUCUGCCGCCAUCAUCGCCCCUGUCGCUGCUGUGGCUCCCGUGGCCGUCGCUCGCGCUCCGCUGAUCGCUCAUAGCUACGCCUACACCGCUCCAGCUAUUGCCCGGAUAAGCCCGUUCACAUACGCUGCUCCAUACGCUCACUACCUGUAAAAAAUAACAACACGGCUUAAAUAAUGUAAACUGAUGUACAUACAAACACAAAUAUAAAGUUAAAACAAGA